GAGAGAGAGAACUCGCUGCGCCUCUGAACGCACCGCACAUACAAAGUAAACGUGAGGACCGCUCCGCUCGUGCAGGAGGUCUGCCCGUUUCACCCGUUGGAUACUAUCACGCAACUGCCGUCGUCUCCAAAUCCUGUCCGUAGGAUACUCUGGCUCUCAGUUUUACAGUUUUAUUACCUACCUUUUUUUUCUAUCACCCCCCUUUUUUUCUUUCUCAUCUUUACCCCCCUUCUCCUCAUCCUUGAGCAUCCUCCCCUCCUCGCAAGUCUUCCUGCCUGCCUGGCUAACUUUUCCACCCGACUCCAUCCCACCUCCAUCGCUCACCUCGGCAGUUUCCCCCCCUCUCUUCUUCUCCUCCUCCUCCACCUCUCUACAGCCUAUACCCCCCUGGAUCGGGCGGAACCCAUUUGGUCAAGUCUACACACGGGGACUACUGCUACAUGGGGCGCACGGGCUCGCACGGAAAAUGGUCUGCUGUCGGUGUCUAGGCGCCCCGCUGAACCUGCAGGGAUUGGAGUUGUCGGUGCGAGUCUGCGUCUCUACUUCCCCACCUCCUCGCCUGUGCUGUCGGGGCCAGUGAGAUAUGGGUCCCUCCGUGGCGGCGCAGGCACCGCUCGCGGAGCCCCGGCGGCUGCGCCAGUGGAGCGGGACGGCGGGAGGCUGGCUCAGGAUCACACUCGUCUCCUUUCUCGCCACUUUACCUGUGGAGCAGCUGCGCGCCUUCCCGUCCUCCCUCAGCGACUGCCAGACGCCGACCGGCUGGAACUGCUCCGGUUUUGAUGACCGGGACACAGAUCUGUUCUUGUGCGACACCAACACAUGCAAGUUCGAUGGAGAGUGUCUAAGAAUUGGGAACAUGGUGACGUGCAUUUGCGACUUCAAGUGCAACAAUGACUAUGCCCCGGUGUGCGGCUCCAACAAUCAAAACUACCAGAACGAGUGUUUCCUGCGCAGGGACGCCUGCAAGCAGCAGUCUGAAGUACUUAUUAUGUCAGAAGGUGCCUGUCCUGCAGAUGCAGGCUCAGGAUCAGGAGACGACGGAGGAGAAGGCUCAGCCGAGGCAGGGCAGAAGGAAACGUCCACCUGUGAUAUUUGCCAGUUUGGGGCUGAGUGCGAUGUGGACGCAGAGGAUGUUUGGUGUGUUUGCAACAUCGACUGUUCCCACAUCAGCUUCAACCCGGUGUGUGCCUCAGACGGUCGCUCCUAUGACAACCCCUGCCAGGUGAAGGAGGCAUCCUGUCAGAAGCAAGAACGCAUCGAGGUCAAGUACCUGGGCCACUGCCAAGGUGACAUCAAAGGUGGAGAUGGACACUUUGCACGGACCGACCUCACGGUAGAGGAAAAAGAGGAUCCGCGAAACGAGCUGGCCCGCGGCCUGUACAUCCCCUGUCCAGAUCACUACAAAAACUACUGCGUCCACGGAGAGUGUCAGUUCCCCAGCAUCCAGGCACAGCCCUCCUGCAGCUGUCACUCGGGUUUCAGAGGCCCCCAGUGUGACAUCAAAGAGUACAAUGUGCUCUAUGUGGUGCCGGGCUCUGGCAAACUGCACUACGUCCUCAUCGCCUCUAUCAUCGGAGCACUCCAGGUGGUCAUCAUCUGUGUGGUGGUGCUCUGCAUUACCAGGAAGUGCCCCCGGACCAACAGGAUCAACCGGCAGAAGCAAAACAAUGUCCACUUCAGUACAGAGAACACCAUGCGCGCCUCCACUCGGCUGAUCUGAGCCCAGACACACCGGACAGAGUCCCCCUCCACUUUACGGAGCGCUGUGGCGUUAGAUGUUCCCCCUUGUAGGCCAACCCCGAAAAAUUAGGAUCUGCUUCCCCUCACUCCUCGCCCCCUCUCUCCCAGUAUGAACUCUAAGGAUGCCCAGGGAGGAUGGUGGCACAGCAAAGACAGAGCUGGCGUACCAGUCAGUGACGAGACUCACAUGUCGGGGCCAUGUUGACAUCAGUCCCCACCACCGCCGCCGACCCCCCCCAAACAGUUGCAGAUGUGUCUCCCUGCACCUUGUCUCUUCCGUCCAGGGGUUUUCUGAAAAACUGAACCAUAGGGUGUUGGGGGCGGCAUCGAGGAAUGAGAGUGAGCGUGUGUGUGUGAAUGUGUAUUAGACGUGUGAGCUUUGGUAGAGGCGGGCUAGCCGGUGUCUGUCGUUUCUAGAUGAGGGGUUAAAGCAAAACGGGGUAGUGCAAAGCAGGGUAACGGGCUUUAAAUGAGGUGUGUGU